AUGGAUGAAUUACAAUCAUUAUGUUAUGAUAGUGGUUGUUAUCUAUCAGAUAAAGAUUUACAAUGGGCAAAAAUAUAUCUUGAUCGCGAUGGCGAUGGCCAAAUUACAUAUAAUGAGUUUGCACAAUGGUGGACUGCCAGUAAUAAUGAUCGUUUUAAAUAUUUAAAAUUAACUGAUUUACAACAAAAGUUAGUUUGUAAAAUAUCGGAAUUAUUUCGUAAAUAUGAUAAAGACAAUAGUGGACAAUUAGAUAAUCGUGAAAAGUUUGAAAAAUUAAAACAAGAUUUAUUAAAAAAUCAAAUAUUAAAAGAUAUACAUGAAUUAGAAUCACGUUCAUUCAAUGAAGUCGAUCGUUCACAUGAUGGUAAAAUUAAUUUCAAUGAAUUAAUUGCAUGGUUUAUUGAUAUUGGUAUUAUUUUCGGCAAUGAUCCUACAAAAACAUUGGAAAAGAUUAAGUGA